AUGGAGCUGGAAUCCAGUCCGUAUCCAAGCCAUCCGAUCACUCAGCUCCAGGGACCGUUCCAAGAAUCAAUUCUCGAAGCUACCCACAAGUCAGCGAACGAGUGGGUAGUGAAGAUCGACGCGCAGACACGUCGUCGGGAUUUAUUAGAAAAUGACGAAUACGAGAGGCUCUGCGGUCGAAAAUGGCGACAAAGGGAAUCUGAGAAGUACCACCCAUUCUGGAAGCUGGUCUCCCAAAUGGUCUUCGGCGUCCAUCUCCUAGCAAAAGGAAUGGCAAAAUCAGAUCAAGAAGUGAUGAAAAUUCUUCAAACUCACGUCGACGAACUAGACGGCUUCUUACAGCGAAGUACAGAAGACUUCCUUAUCAUCCACCUAGACGUUCGCACUCGAAUCCAGUAUCUCAGCCUGCCCCUCGGUAAUCUGGACAUGUUUGAUGAGAUGUUAUCCGAUCGGAAUUUCAGAUUGGCACUAGUGGCCUACAAUGAUCAGAUCGAGCACUCUAUUGAUCGAUUUACGCUUGCCAUCACGGACGCCAUUAAGGAUCUUCUGAAAGGAAAGGAGGCGAUGGGCGCGCUUUGGCAUUAUCUUCUUCAACUUUCGGACGAGGGCUGUUUUCAGUCGGAGAGUCUUAAGGCUUUUUAUAAAGCGAUGAUGGAGAAUAUGGAGGGGUGGAUCAUUGCUAUGUCCAAAUUACGUCGGCGUGGUGCGGCGCUUCAGAAGGGACUUGGUCAACUUGCCUUUGCUGUCACUGAGAUGCAACGACGAGUCGGAGUUGCAAGUCGGAAAGACCUGCGUUCAUUCAUAAAGUCUUCCCACGGCGGCCUUGCCCGAAAUAAAUCUGUCAGGCAGAUGCUCUUUGCAAAAAGCCCGGCCACUCCAGGCAUCGCAUCAAACAAACCACUACCACGCGACCCACUUCUGAAGCCAAAGUCAACAUCAUCUCAACGAGCCGUAACACCAGCCGCAGAAAAGGCCAGCGAUAACGCUGAACAGACAAGGCCAACCUCGAAGAGAGGUUCAAUCCUGCCAAAAUCCCUCAGCCGAGCCAGAUCGUGCAGUGCACUAGUCGCAGCAGCCAACGCUGAUAUCAAAACAGAGGAUACUCCACCUCCUAUGCCCAUGCCCGGCAGACUAAGCAGAAAGCUAUCCAAACCAUUCCUACCCAAACGUUCCGCCAGUGAAAAGGUCGUCUCAGAGCCCCCACCACAAAGACCAUCUACUGCCCCAGCCCGCACACUCAAAUCCCGCAGCGCUUCAAUCGAACAAUUAAAAGCUCUCUGGGCCAACGGACGCCCACGAACACAGCAAGGAAUAGCCCCAACCGACAACAAACCACCCACCCGAUCCCGACCACCGACCUCCUUGCAACGCCCAGAUGGAACAGCAACAGCAACAGGCGCCGAAACAAUGAAAGACCAAAUAUCCCAAUUCCUCAAGACAGACCGCGUCGUCGAGGCCUGGGACAACAUCACCCACAAAGCAAACUGCUGCGGCAACACACUCUCCCGAACAAAAGAAUGGCCCAGCUCCAUCUUCCGCGCCAAAUCGAGCGAGAAUCUGCGCUCCGGCAAGGGCGCCGCAGCCCUCUCGGCCGAAGACCUGGAGAGACAAAUGUCCUGGGUGCAGGAGCCGGAAUUCCUGAAUACGUACUCGUUCAAGAGGCGGCCGGACGCGUCGCCUCGGAUUCACGUGUUGUCUGUGCAGAUGGCGCUGGAUGAGGAGAUCAAUGGUAUCAAUGGUAUCCAAGCUCCAACUGGAACGCCUGGUGCAGAAGAAGAGGUCCCUGGCUUGGACGGGGAUUCUGGAUCUAUAAUUACCGCAUUGCCGGCCGUGCCGCCUCCAACGCCUGCGUCUAUUCCGUCUCUUGCGGCGGAGUAUCAGCCUCAGCUUCAGUCUCGCGCCGUUGAAUGUCAUUGA